AUGAGUUGCGAAAACGACAACGCCGACAUAGUCACGCCCGGCUACUUCCAAGGCUACUCCAACAUCAAGAAGACGGUGCGGUUCAACCCACAGGAUCUCCUCGCAAGCCAGGCCAUUGCUACUGCCGCGCUGUCCCUGCCAGCCUCGGGACCGGGCAUCACGCCCGCGGCGAAGAAGACGCAACAAAAGCUGCUAGACCAGUUGAUGGGUGAAAAUAGCCCGGAGGCCAGGUUUCGUACAAUCCCCUUUGCGCGGGAAGCAAGCCGUCUUGAGCAGUGCAUCGAGGAGGGUGAGUACGCAUUCAGGAUGGAGCAGGUCAUCACCGUCUCCGUGUCGCAGCUGCUCCCAGACCACCGCACCAUGCCCAUGGUUCUGAGGCCGAUGACGCAGCUGAUCAGCUUCUUCCUCACAGCACAGAAGGAGUACACCCAGGUGCUCAGGGUGUUUGACCCCGAAGCAUUUCCCGGGGUGCUGUGCGCAUACGCCAGGCUCUUCGAGCUCAUCGCGGCCUCGAUGCUCGCCCAGUUCAAGCGUGGGGGGAAGGCAGGGCUCACGGUGGAGCUGGGAGAAGCCAUGGCGGCCGUUGAUCGACUGGGGAGCUUCUGCUUUACUGGCGACAAGAGGGUGCUACCAAGCACGACCUUCAGGUAUCUGGGCACGAUGGAGAGCAUCAAGAACCAUGCGUUCCCCUAUAUCGACCCGGGAAGGCUGAACAUGGCCGGCCAGGGGAGGAUGAAUCUAAAGAACUGGCCUGGUGUGCAGGACCGCCGAGUGCACCUCCUACAGGCCGCGUCUCUACAGUACCACUACGGAAAGCAAGUGGCGGCAGGCCGGGAGUCUGAGGCCAGGGUGCAGCUUCUGUCACAGGAUGCCUACGCUGCGGCGGAGUAUAUAGAGGAGGUCUUCCGGAAUCACUUCGUGCCCGAGAUGCGGCAGUUUUUCGCAGGGAGGAUCCGGAGGCUUCUCCAGAAGCGGGGACGCAGAGUCGAACUCUCAGACGAGCAACGGGAAAAGCUCAAAAAGGGUCGCCUAUGCCUUGAUGACUGGGAGGCCGCGGGUCAGAACGGCACAGCCGCGUUCAGCUCCGAGAGAUUCAGCAGUAUCGUAGCGGAAAUCAACGACGUUCUAGAUGAAGGGCAAGGCCAGCCGAAGGAGGCGAUUACAAGUGACACUCUGGAGCAAGACAGAUACGUCGACCACAUCCUAGGAGCUCUCCAAUCCAGCAGCGACAAGGCAAUGGACAGGACCCUCAGCUCCAUGAACAUGACGUGGCUGGCCGUCCUGAGUGCUCUCUUCAGGCAGACGUACAGAAAGGGGAAUCCGGAAAAGUCAACCGAGCAGUGGCGAUAUCACAUCGGGUUGGCGCUCAGACGCAACCGCGUCGAAUGGGUGCUGGGGAGCUCUCGCGGCACUAUCACGGCGACGAUCGCCUAA